ACGUCAAAAUUUAUUUCUACGUCAGAAUCACUGAAAUGUAUCGUACCCUUAUAAUUUCAGUGGACACAGUACACAUUCCUCUUUCCGCCUUCUAAUGAUCUCUGAUCUACCCACUGAUAAAAGUUAGUUGUUGGAGUACACGAUAAGCAACAAGUGCAUUACAGAAUCCUCAAGAUAUUGGUAGAUAUUAACCUGUACCACUGACUACCAUUAUUCUACUGAGAUCAUGACGAACAGAUUUGUGAAGCUGUCAAGUGGCUAUCAGAUGCCUCUCGUUGGAUUCGGAACAUACACCAUAAAAGGCAAGGAUCUUAUACAAGAAGUUAUUGAUGAAAGCCUAAGAGUGGGAUUCCGAUCAAUUGAUACUGCAGAGAGGUAUGGAAAUGAGGAAGACAUUGGCGAAGCGUUGAAAGUCUUGUUACCAAAAUACAAUCUGAAAAGAGAAGAUAUCUUUGUAACUACUAAACUAUCUCCACUCAGCAUUGGCAGUCCUGAAAAAGUGAGCAAUGCUAUAAAUAAAUCUCUGACAGCAUUAGGGCUAACCUAUUUGGAUUUGUACCUCAUUCAUUGGCCUGGAGCUAGUUCAGUGCCGGAAUCAUCUGAAGAGAACAUCAAGCUUAGAAAUCAGACAUGGAAAGUAUUGGCCGAUUUUCAGAAGCGUGGACUAAUUAGAUCGAUUGGGGUAUCGAAUUAUUUGAUCAGGCAUCUUGAAGAAUUACUGCAAAAUGAUUAUGGUGUCCGGCCCGCGGUUAAUCAAGUGGAAUGCCAUCCCCGAUAUCGCCAAGAGGAAUUAAAAAAGUUUUGUGAUAAAGAAAAUAUUCAUCUACAAGCUUACUCUUCUCUGGGCACGAGCAAAACUGCUGAGCUACUUCAAGAUCCUACAGUGACUAGUAUAGCCAAAGAGUACAAUGUGUCACCAGCUAGAUUGCUGCUGAGAUGGGCACUGCAGCAGGAUAUUGGAAUUAUACCCAAAGCUUCAAAAAAAGAACAUAUCAGAGAUAACAUCAACCUGGACUUUGACAUAAGUGAAGAUCAUAUGCAACAAUUGUCCAAGUUGCCUGAAAAAAAAUACACGUGGGAUCCGAUCAGAGUAGUUUAAGUGAUAAAAACAAUUACGUGCUACACUGCAAUUCAUCGGCUGUCAUUAUUAAAGCCUCACAGUAAACA